UCUUUCUUUCUUUUUUUUUUCAAAGUUGCCUCAUAGACAUGCAAACAGAGUAGACAAAAGGGGCUGAGCCAAAACAGCAGCCGCAAGGGAGAGGAAGAAGGUGGGGGAGAGAAAGUUUCCAAACCGCAGCAAAAAGCUGGACUCGGAACUCGUUUGAGAAACUGCCGUUAAGACGGAACCUCUCAGAAAAUUACUCAGCAGAGGGUCUGCCAGGUGAAACAUGUUCAAUGCUUUGGAGAUACAGAGAGCUGCUGAGUCAUUUCUUCAGGUAGACCUGGCUAUGUUGGAGAGAAAUGCCUAUGGGUGCUGCCCUCCUCCUGGCUGUCUUUCUCGCCCAUGUCACCAGAGCUUCUCGUCUCUCCCUCGCAGGUUGUAAGAACGUCCACUACGAUCUGAUCUUCCUGCUGGACACAUCCUCCAGCGUGGGCAAAGAAGACUUUGAGAAGGUCCGCCAAUGGAUAGCCCACCUGGUGGACACCUUUGAGAUUGGGCCAGACAAAACCCGCGUUGGGGUCGUCCGCUACAGCGAUCAACCAACCACCGAGUUUGACCUUGGAAGUUAUGGGACUCGGCAAGAGGUCAAAGAAGCCGCAAAGGGCAUCAAGUACCACGGGGGCAACACGAACACCGGAGACGCCCUGCGGUACAUCAAUAGUUAUAGCUUUUCCGCACGGGCCGGCGGGAGGCCGAAUGACAACGCCAUCAAGAAAGUUAUGAUCCUCCUGACGGAUGGCAGGAGCCAGGAUUAUGUCCUGAGUCCCGCCAUGGCGGCACAUAAGGCCGGCAUCCGGAUUUUUGCGGUGGGUGUCGGGGAUGUCCUCAAAGAAGAACUGGAUGAAAUUGCUUCGGAGCCAAAAUCGGCUCACAUCUUCCAUGUCUCUGAUUACAAUGCCAUUGAUAGGAUACGGGAGAAGCUGAGAAGACGGCUCUGUGAGAAUGUCCUGUGUCCAAAUGUCCAUGUGGAAGGAGACAGGUUCAGACACACCAACGGAGAAAUCGAUGACAUACCAGGGUUUGACUUGAUGGAAUUAUUCAGUGUCCGCGAGAUGUUCCGAAUGAAAGACAAUGGAAUCCAGAGCUCUUAUGUUCGGCUUGGAAGUUUCCCCAUUGUUCAGCGAACACAAGAUGUUUUCCCGCAAGGACUUCCGGACGAGUACGCUUUUGUCGCCACUUUCAAAUUCCGCAAGUCAUCCAGGAGAGAAGAUUGGUACAUUUGGCAGAUUAUUGACAAAUAUGGCAUACCACAGGUUUCUAUCCGGUUGGAUGGGGAGAACAAAGCCUUGGAGUACAAUGCAAUCGGACUCACCAGAGAUGCUGUGAGAGUUGUUUUCAGAAACGGGCGCGUCAAUGACCUGUUUGAUCGUAACUGGCAUAAGAUUGCACUGAGCAUCCAGUCCCAGACGGUCUCCUUAUACAUUGAUUGCAAACUGGUCCAGACAUUACCUAUUGAAGACAGAGAAAAUAUUGACAUUCAAGGGAAAACGGUGAUUGGCAAACGCCUUUACGACAGUGUGCCAAUUGAUUUUGAUCUUCAGCGGAUGGUUAUUUAUUGUGAUUCACGACAUGCCGAGCUUGAAACCUGCUGUGAUAUUUCCUCCGGACCUUGUAACGUGACCAUAGUGACAGAUGUCCCUCCUCCUGUAAUUCCACCAACUGUUGGAAAUGAGCAUGUUGGGCCUACCCAGACAGUCAACUGUUCCUGUCUUCCAGGGGAAAAGGGGGAGAGAGGCCUUCCUGGAUUUGAAGGAUUGAGAGGACAAAAGGGAGACAUUGGACCAGUUGGACCUCCUGGCCUGAAGGGAGACAAAGGAGAACCAGGUGGGGAAACAUUUGGACGAGCAGAAAAAGGACAAAAGGGUGAAAAGGGACCCCAAGGCUUACCUGGCUUGAUGGGCGAGAGAGGAGAAAAGGGUUCUGUUGGCGCAGCUGGCAUCCCAGGGAGCAAUGGAGCCAAAGGAGAAACUGGAGAACCUGGUCUUACUGGAGCAACUGGACUUCCUGGACCGUCUGGCCCAAAGGGAGAAGAAGGACGUCCGGGUCCUCCAGGACGUCAAGGUUAUGUUGGAGCACCUGGUUUGCAAGGGGAAAGAGGAGAAAAAGGACCUCGUGGUGACAAGGGAGAACGUGGCCUUGACGGUUUUCCUGGGAAGUCUGGCUUGGAUGGAAAACAGGGUGCCAAAGGAAGUCCAGGUCAGCCUGGACCUGCAGGACUACAAGGAGAGAAGGGUGAUAUCGGUCCCCCUGGUAAACCAGGCUCAGCAGUAGAGAUCGAAGGCUUGAAAGGAGAACAAGGAGCUCCUGGCCCACGGGGACCUAUGGGGCCUCCAGGAACUCCGGGUACUUCAGGAUCACCUGGACCAGAAGGCAAGAUGGGAUCUCCAGGUCCACCAGGUCUACGGGGCAAGAAAGGAGAAGUAGGCCUCCCCGGAGUUGAUGGAUUGUCUGGACCGCCUGGUCCUCCAGGGCAUCCUGGACUUGCUGGAUCUCCCGGCAAACCAGGAGAAACUGGCAGAAAUGGUGACAGUGGGCCACCAGGUUUACCUGGAAAUUCUGGUAAAGAUGGUUUGCCUGGUCUCCCAGGCUCAAAAGGAGAACAAGGGGAAAGGGGAGAAGUUGGAAAAGCAGGCUCCAAGGGUGAAUCUGGCUCCCCAGGACCCUCUGGCAUAAACGGAGAAAGGGGUGAAGCUGGUCUUCCAGGCCCACCUGGUUUACCUGGUCUAAGAGGAGAAAAAGGAAACCAGGGUGAAAAAGGAAGAGCUGGACUUGCUGGCUUCAAAGGUGACAGAGGAGAAAAGGGUGAAAUUGGUGCUCCUGGCCUCCCAGGUCAACCUGGAAAAACUACUCUAUUUACACCAAGGCCUAGUAUUCCUGGAGAACAAGGGCCAAAAGGUGAAAAAGGUGAUCGUGGAGAACGAGGUGAACCCGGAGAACGAGGUGUUCCAGGAGAACAGGGUCCGAUCGGACCAGUUGGACAGCCGGGCCUGAAGGGACAAGAAGGGGAAGUAGGUCAACCUGGACCUCCAGGAGAAAUUGGUACCCCUGGACCUGCAGGACCAUCUGGCCCACGUGGUUUGCCUGGGAAUGUGGGUAUACCAGGAGCUGCUGGUCAGCCAGGAAUUGAUGGACAAAAAGGAGAAAAGGGAGAACCUGGUAAGGAAGGAAACUCAGGUCCACCUGGGCCUACAGGUGAACCAGGAGCUGUUGGAGAACCUGGAUUAUCUGGAAAGGGUCGAGAUGGAGAAAGGGGUGAAAGAGGUCCGCCAGGUCUACCUGGAUCCUUUGGGCCUAAGGGAGAUCGAGGUGCCCCAGGCGUUCCAGGUCAGCCAGGAGACAGAGGAGCCCCAGGUGUUGGACUUUCAGGGCCACUGGGACCUAUGGGAUCCCCUGGAGACAAAGGGCCACCGGGCCCCCGUGGCUUACCAGGCAUUCAAGGUCCUCCUGGACAGACUGGUCAAGAUGGUUUACCAGGAAAUCCAGGAGAAAGGGGACCACCAGGAAAACCAGGUUCCUCUCCUCCCCUUAACCCUGAUGACAUCAGACUAUUAGUUAAGGAUGUUUGCACUGAUUGUCCCCCUGGACCAUCUGGUCUCCCUGGAAUCCCAGGACAGAAGGGUGAUAAAGGCCUUCGAGGCCCACCUGGGAACGAUGCACCAGUUGGAAAAAGGGGAGAACCUGGACACAGAGGUCCUCCUGGGCCUCCGGGAGUGGAAGGUCCCAAGGGUCCUAAAGGAGACGAUGGGGCAUCUGGGGAAGCUGGGCUGAAAGGUGAACAGGGCCAUCCUGGAAUACCUGGCUUCAUGGGUCCCCCUGGGAAUCCAGGCCCAGCUGGCCCAGAGGGCUCCCCAGGACCUAUAGGUUCUCCAGGACCUCCAGGAGAAAUGGGGAAAGAAGGUCCCCGAGGACCUCAGGGACCCCCAGGAUUGCCUGGACUCAUGGGUGUACCUGGGAAGGAUGGCAAAGACGGGAAGCCGGGAUCACCUGGGGAACCCGGUAAGCCUGGAGAACCGGGGCUACCAGGUCAAGAGGGUGCCGGAGGACCACCGGGUUUUAAGGGUCCAAGAGGAGAUGCAGGAAGUCCUGGCACGAGAGGAGAACCAGGCCAACCUGGAACUCCAGGCCGGGAGGGGCUUUCGGGAAAAGAUGGAGAUCCAGGGCCUGUAGGACCAGCAGGCCCCCGAGGAUUUCGAGGAAUAGCAGGCAAGACUGGACCUCCAGGAGCACCUGGAGAACCUGGUCCUGCAGGUAACCCAGGUUCCAAGGGAAGCAAAGGGGAAGCCGGCAGCCCAGGUGUUCCUGGUUUCAUUGGGCCACGAGGUCUUCCUGGAGAACCCGGUGAAAAGGGCGUCCCAGGGAAAGAGGGCACCUCAGGGAGUCCAGGAGAACAUGGACAAAAAGGUGACAGGGGAGAUCCUGGAACUAAAGGUGAAAAAGGGCCAGCAGGAGUGAAGGGACCACCAGGUGAUCCAGGAGUUCCUGGACGCAAAGGACACACAGGAUUAAUGGGUCCCUCGGGACCAUCAGGAGAAUCAGGACAAGUUGGACCUCCUGGCCCUCCUGGCCAACCUGGAUUUCCUGGGCCUAGAGGAGAUCCUCCAUCAACAGAAACAUUGCGAAGACUCAUCCAAGAAGAGUUAGGAAAACAACUUGAUGCUAGACUGCCCUACCUCAUAAGUCAGUUACAGCCUUCCCAGAUCAAAGCACCUCAAGGUAGACCAGGGCCUCCUGGGUCACCUGGAAAGGAAGGCCUUCCAGGACGAGUUGGCCCUCCAGGAGAACCUGGCAGACCCGGGCAACCAGGUUCAGAAGGUCCGUUGGGACCUAUGGGACCAAAAGGUGACAGAGGGGAGAAAGGAGAGAAGGGAGAUGCUGGCAUUGGCCAGAGGGGUGAAACUGGCCCGCCUGGAGUGGCAGGUGUUCCAGGUGAACCUGGUUAUGGCAAGGAUGGAGUUCCUGGAGCUCAAGGUGCUCAAGGUGAAGCUGGCACUCCUGGCCUCAUGGGCCCCCCAGGACCUCCAGGGGCCAAUGGACAAUGUGACCCUUCCCAGUGUGCUUAUUAUGCAAGCCUAGCUGCUCGGCCCAGCAACAUCAAAGGUCCUUAAAAUUGCCUCCUCCAUUGCUGCUUGUGGACCUCUCGUGGACCUUCUUCGGAAAACGUGGAUGAAGCGAGGGAGUUGUCUCUUUCGCUUUUGUUUUUUGGACAAGGAGCAUGGAGACUCUGAAAAUUAAAUGCUGCCGGACAGUCGGGUUUUUUAUGAUGAAGAAAUGAUUCAUUCACCUCAUUUUAUGCAGUGAGAAAUGAUUUUUCUGGGAAGAUUUUCUUUUCCUUUUUUAAGAAUAUUUUUUAUAUAAAGAUUGAGGUUGAAUUCCCCCCCCCCCUUGUGUAGAAGGUCGUCUAAAAAGUUCACGUGAAACAGAAAGGAAAGGCAAAGGGUGGGUAAGUAGCUAGGGGCCCUUGAGAAACAUGUGGAUUUUCAUUUGCUAGCUUAGCCCCCCCCCUAUUCAUGGGUGAAACAUCUGGAGAUGCUGUGAUAUUGGCUAUUAAGGCUUCAUCCUGCAAGCAUUCAAUAGAAAUUAAGAUGUAGCAAUCUCAAUCUUUUGAGGGCAACAAGACAGAAGGAAGAGGACAAUUUGCACAUGUCUUUGCACACUCUUUAGGAAUCUCUAUUGCUCACCAUGGUUGAGCACUGACCUCUGUGUAAAAAUUUCCUGGCAGUGAGAAUAACUAAUCCAUGGAAUGGGUUGCCUCCAGAAACUGUGGAUGCUCCAUCACUGGAAGUUUUUAAAAAGAGAUUGGACAGGUAUUUAUUAAGAAUAGA